UGGGGCUUCUGUUUAUCUUUGUGCUUUCAGUUUUCUUUUUCUUUGGAGUUGAAGAAGAAGAAGAAGAAGAUGGAGUUAGGGUUGAGUUUAAGACUUGGUGCGGCGGCGGUGAUGGUGGAGGAUACGGAGGAGUGUUCUGGUGAUCCGCCGGUGCAGCUUGAUCUCCUUCCUAGAGAACCUGUUCAUCGUCUUCAGUGUUCUUCUUCUUCGCUUGCCCUUUGUUGGCAUCCUGAUAAUGUGAGAAACAUCGAGGCAUCUACUAGAGGUUUUGACGUGAACUGCAUGCCAUCAACGGAGACUGAUAACGAGGCGGCGCCGCCACCACCGUCCCCUAACAAUAGUUCUGGCUCCCCUCUCCCUCUUGACCGCGCCUGGUCCCGUGCUAGUGAUGAAGAUGAGAAUAAUCUCUCCAGGAAAAAACUUAGACUCUCCAAAGAUCAAUCCGCCUUCCUUGAAGAAAGCUUCAAAGAACACAACACUCUCAACCCUAAACAAAAGCUAGCUCUUGCCAAACAAUUGAAUCUCAGACCAAGACAAGUUGAGGUCUGGUUUCAGAACAGAAGAGCAAGAACAAAGCUUAAGCAAACGGAAGUGGACUGUGAGUACUUGAAACGUUGCUGUGAAACUUUGACUGAAGAGAACCGGAGACUGCACAAGGAGCUCACCGAGCUGCGAGCGCUCAAGGCCACAGCGGCGCAUCCUCUGCUCUCGCACCUCCCGGCGACCACGCUCUCGAUGUGCCCGUCUUGUGAGCGCGUGUCGUCGUCUUCGUCGAGCGCGGCCGCCGGGAAGCCUGGUACUACGGCGGCGCCGUUCUCUUCGGCUUUCCUCUCUAGGCCUCGGUUUUUCCCUUUUGCUCCUCAUCCUUCUGCUGCUUCCUAAGGUUUCCCCUCUCUUGAGGACUUUUUUUGUAAAUAUUUCCCUUUUCUAGGGAGUUUAUCUUAUUUAUUUUUGGGGGGUUUUCUUGGUUUUCCCAAUGGAGGGGGUGAGUUGUAAUUUUUUGGUUUCUUUUUUAGUGAAAAAACAAAAAAGUAUUACAGCCUUGUAAGAGGACUUGUUGUUUUGAGGGUGGUAACAGUAAUAUGAUAACUUCUUGAGGACUUA